GACCAUCCAAGAAAAACACAAACAGCAAUCUAGGAGCAAAAUAAUUAUUAGAUCAAUGAUGUCAAGUCUUAGGAUUCAAAACCUCCGCCAGCAGCUUCUGGAGGCUGAGGAAGCAGCAGCAAGAGAGCUGGAGCCCAAGUCCAACCAUGGAACUUCAAACUCAUUUAACAACCACGGUGGCGGUGGCCAAAAUUUCUCCAAUGCAAAGAUCAAUAGUGGCGCAAACUCCGGCGACCAGGACAGUUACGGCCAAGACUAUUUCUCCGAUGCAAAGAUCAAUCGUGGCGCAAACUAUGGCGACCGCUACGGGUAUGGCCAAGAUUAUUUCUCCAACAAUGCAAAGAUCAAUAGUGGCACAAACUCAGCCGACCGCAACAGGUACCGCACAGCAAACAACUAUGGAGGUCGGGCUUUAAACAAUGGCGGCACUUUCAAUGGCCAUGGCAACGGAGGCUUUAUCGAUGGUGACUUUCAUGCCCCAACAACAAACUACAACUAUUAGUUGUUUGUAAUUGUAUUUGUAUUUGAUAUAAGAUGGGUAAUAUGAUCCACUGUAUUAUGUUGUUCUGCUAAUAAAGAAGCUAAGCUAUAGCUCUACUUGUUACUA